AUACCUGAGAUAAGAUUUCAUUAUACUACAUUGAUUCAAUACAAGACAGCUUACAACAACAACAGUUUCCUCCUGCAGCGGGGACGAUACUUAGGUUUCAUGGAACUUGUGUGAGAACAAUCUGACUAUUGUUUCUACUGGUGAAGUACACUACCCUGCCUGUCCUCCCACCAGCAGGUCACAGGCCAAACAUUUGCGGACCCUUAAUUAAGGAGAUCAGUUAUCAGACUUUCCAGACUUCAGUGUUAUCCCCUGUCAUACCUGGCAUAGUGAACUUUGGUGAGGUUGCAGACUUGCUCCAUGUUUCAGCCUGUCAGUGCCAGACAAGUCGGUAAAUAGGUUCCAACUACAGACUAUCCCCAUCAGCCAGGAGGAUCAGUUUGUCAGGGAUCAUUCCAUCCCUCACAGGAUAUCUUAUCUCUUUGACAUUUUGUCCCAAUUCUAUUUAGCACAAAUCUGUGAGAUCUGUGAGACAAAGCUCCCCAUUCAUCGAUCCCCUGAGGGGGAGAGAGGUAAAUCUAUGUAUAAGUUAUUGUGGGACACGACUUGACUAGAGCCAGGCUUGUGUUCUACCCUAUGGCUAUGCUGUUAACAAGGUAUUGGUCGUGUGCGGCAGUAUUGCCCCAGGAUACUUGCAUCUUCUAUGGUUUGUGAGCAGUCCCCCUGAUUGUUACCGUGGUGGAGUAGUCCUUAUUACCCUCUUCAGUUGGAUCACCCAUGGCCCAUGUGGGUGUGGGCUUGGUGCAGGCAGGUAGCCUGGCUGGACUGUCUCACAUAGUCCACUACAAACACAUGUGUGCCUCACUGUGAUACAGACUGUAGAGGAGGACAUGGUGGGAUACAGUCAACGCUGCUCUCCAUAUUCACUGUUUGUAUGGUAAAUGAAACAGAUUGUGUUUUACAGAGAAUGAAUCUUAUUCAGGAAAUCAAACUUUCAAUACCUCAUGGAUAUAACUGUGUUACUUUCCUUGUAAAUCACAAGCUAAGUUUUGGUUGAUUUGCACACAUUAGACAAAUGAUGAGAAGAAUGAAGUUGAUAUCUCCCUAUAUAUGGUGGUAAUGGACUUGGGACAAAUGUCUAAUGUGAUGGCGUGGAAAGUAAAGCGAGGAGAUUACCUGGAGUUGGAGAACUGCACCGAUAGUUCAGAUGAGGAUCAUAAUAUUCAUGACGCUGGCCUGAGAAGGGAUCGUAAGAAACUACUCAUGCGACUCAGUCAUCUACAGGCGACUGAUCGUAACUCUCUUUGCUGGGAUGAGUUUUUCGGAUCAUCUUUGGAUUUGGCACCAACACUUCUGAAUAUCUAUGACACCAAAGCAGCUGCCAAUGGAGGCACAGACCAGAUUCCUGUGGACCAUCCAGAUGUCAAGUCCAAGUCCAAGUCUCUGCCUGCCUCUGCUACAGUGAGGUACAGCAGAGGGGCUGUGGUUAGAACAGAUAGUGACCCUAAAAUCACUGACUCAGGAUCCAAAAUGACUGACAUUAAAGUCAGGAAAGAGGAUGUGCUUGAUGGGGAUACUGGGAAGAAAAGGCCACUAAGUAUAAGCUCUUCUUCUUCUGCUUCCUCUUCCUCACUGUCACGUCCUCAACACAAACGACCAAACCUUGCAGAAUAUGAACAUUUACUUUCAUCAAGUAAUGUGGAUAAUUCCAAAAAUGAAGAUAUAAAUGGAAAUUGCCAAGAUUCCAGGAUGGAUUAUAAUACAUCCAGUGUACAAAAUGUUGAAAAGAUGGAUGGCAUUGAUGAGACUCCAUCUCCAGACGCCGUCAACAGGUGUGGUGCCAGUGGUACCAACUACAGCAUCAAGACGGCAGUGGUGGACAAACUGGAACUGAGCCGCUGUACUUCCCCUGUGACAGGCCCCCUUUCCCCUUCUGUGUCAGCCCCUCUACCAUCCAUGAGUCCUGAUUCUUCACCAGAGAAACUCACCUUGUCAGCUACCAGCAGUAGUCCAUCUGAAAGUCCAGUCAGGUCAGACUCUGGUGAUAGGAAGGUGCCCAGUUCUAUGUCUGAGAAUUGUGCUGGAAAUUACUCAAGACAAACUCGGACCAAAUCCCCACCUUCUACUUUAGGGGCCCAGUUGAGCAGCUCCACUUCAGGCAGAUCCAGGUCAUCUCCAGCCUCACCCAAGUCCCCUAGUGGAGCCAAGGAUACUGGUUCACCUGAUAGCAACAAGGGAUCUCUGUACGUAACCUAUGUCCAGAGGGUUGUGGCCGAGAUUGUGGACACUGAGAGGACCUAUGUAAAGAGUCUGGAGGACAUCAUCCAGGGCUACCUGGAGUACCUGGAGAAACUGUCACUGAAUGCUGUGAAAGAAGAGGACCUCAAAUGUCUCUUCAGCAAUAUACGGGAUAUAUAUGAAUUUGGAAGGUUGUUUCUGUGGGAGGUGGAGAAGUGUGAUGGGGACCCUGUCAAGGUGGCCGAGUGCUUUGUCAGGAACAAUGAGGGCUUUGUCAUCUACACUGACUACUGCACCAACUACCCCAGCGCCGUGGAAGUGCUCACUCGCUACAUGAUGGAUCCGCAGAUGUCGGAGUUGUUCAAACAGCGUCAACUUGCCCUGGGGCAUGGGCUGCCCUUGGGGGCAUACUUACUCCGCCCUGUGCAGAGGAUACUCAAGUAUCACCUGCUGUUACAGAACAUUUUGAAGUUUUUUGACAAGGACAAAUCAGGAUAUGACACAUUGAACAAAGCCUUCAAACACAUGACCGAGAUGGCCCACCACAUCAACGAGAUGAAGCGUAAACAUGAGCAUGCUGUCCGCAUCCAGGAGAUACAGAGCCAGCUGGAGGAGUAUGCGGGUGAGGACCUCAUUCGACUAGGGGACCUGGUCCUGGAGGGUCCGUUCCGAGUGUAUGGCGCCAAGGCAUCACGCCAGGUGUUCCUGUUUGAGCGUGAGAUCCUCAUCAGCAAGAAGAAGGAAGGUGGGAUGCUGGGCUGCAAGGCAUCCAUUCAGCUGGCCAACCUGAUGCUGGUGGAGGUGAUCCCCAAUGAGCCUCUGAGCUUCCACCUUAUACCCUUCGACAACCCUCGGGCCCAGUUUACACUGCAGGCACGGAACAUGGAGCAGAAGCGGCGGUGGUGCCAGGAGAUAAAGCGACUCAUUCUGGAGACCUACAAGGGGAAGAUCCCAGACAAGGUGAAGAGCCUCGUGAUGGAGCUUGGCAGGAACCACGAUGACGACUAUGUGAACAGUGAGAACCUCGACCCAAGGCGGACUCACCACACGGCUCCUGAAUACCUGGAGCGCCGGAGAGGGCGACGGAAAUCUGGUGGAAGACUGCCAGAUCUGUUGAAGCCCCAGAAAGCAAAGAGAGGAUCAUCUGGAAACAGAAAAGGAGACAUCAGCCCUAGAACAUCACCGCUCAUGGAGAGACGACAGACACAUGCCUCAUUAUCCAGUGAAACAAGGGAGACAACUCCGGAGCACAAAAAGAGUCAACAAAGUGUGACUGACACGUCCAGUGAGGGCACCUCUAUCUCCAGAACCACGACCCAGAGUGAUAUAUCCUCCCAGACUGCUGGUAUUGAAGACACAUCCAAAAGCUUCCACGGGUCUGUUGAUACGCUAGCAUCCAGCCAUAACAAUGCUUCUACCAAAGAUACUUCCAGUGACAAUGUCCGUCGAGCCAAGAGUUUUCGUAUUGCAACCAGGAUGAGACCAAUCACCUCACAAGAUCUUGGUGAUGUUAUACCCAGCAUUGAUUCAGAUUCAGAAAGUGAUAUGGAUGAUCCAAGUCUUACACAAGAUGGGUUGAAAGAAUAUAAUGAUGUUGUGUUUAAUAGUAGGCCAGAUUUUGAUGAAUUGUCUGAUGGAGACGUACCCAAGAAAACCAACAAGGAGAGUAGAUACACCAGUAUGCCUGUUUUGAAUAUCACACCUCCAUCCAAAGAUCCAAAGACACAGAGUCCCAAGGAUAGUGGGAUGAUGAAUUCCAACUCCUGGAAAAAGAACAAACAGGGAAGUCUUGUGAAUCUUCAGACAAAGCAGUGGACAAAAAUUGCUCAGAAAGAGCAAGGUAGAAGCAUUCCUGCUUUUCAUGACACUUUUGCCAAAAAGUCCCUUGAAAACCUGACAGUGAAAGCAUUGCGUCACCCUGUGUAUACUGUGAAGCACCUGUCCGUGGACUGUGAUGCUCCGUCCAAGAAGGGAAUCAAUGCCAAGCUCACAAACUGGGGCAGCACUGAGAAGCUGACUAAAGGAUCAAUGACCGAUGUGUCACACUUAUCAGAAGACCCAUGGGUGAAGAAUCCUGAAGUUAAGAAGCUCUCUGGAUCUGCCAGUGUGUCAAAUGUAUCUGUCAAACCUCAGGGGCAUAAACUGAAGAAAUGUUCAGAGCCUAGUGAUCCUAAGAGUGGUAGUCGUGAAAAUAUGGACUGGAUGGUAUAUGUUAACCGAAAUUCAUUAAAUGAUACUGAGAACCAGAAGUAUUUUCCCAAAUAUUGUACGCCACCUAGAGGGACUAUGACACCACCGAAAAGUCCUACAGUCAUGAAGCAGGAAUAUAACUCCCCAAGCCCAAUGAAGCGGAACACAAACAACCUGGCAUCCAGACCAGUCUCAACCUAUGACACUGUUCCAGACAUCCCCAAGGUUACGGUAGCUUCAAGUGUUCCCUCAAUCAUUGUGUCAUCAACGUCGCCAAAGUUCCCCCAUCAUGACCAUCUCUCACGUCAUCAGCUCAACAGAUCCAAUUCCACACCUUUGACCAAAUCAAAGACCAUUGCUCAACCUUCCACCAACAGACCUUCAUCUUUCGACUGUGAGGGAUUCACAGAUAGUGAGAGAAUGGUAGCUGAGAUGGAGGAUUAUAUGAAAAAGUCCAGGGACAAUGAUUCUUCACCAUCAUGUAAGUUUCCUACAAAUCUGCCUGUUUUCCAUUACAAUGAAUUAGAGAAAGGGAACAGACAUUCAAAUAUUUCUACAUCAUCUUAUGAAAGCCAUUCCAGCAGCUCCAGUGAAGGGAUCAUGGAUACACUCAAACACAAGAUUCACAGCUGGACAUCCAAACUUUCGAAACGUUUGGAGGACAGCGAUGGGCACUCGUCAUUGUCAAGUGUGUCUGAUGUCCGUCCAUCAUCCCUGCUCAUGUCCGAUGAUGAGAAGAUGGAUGAUGUAAAGAGUAAAAACUCUUCCUGUGAGACUCUGGACUCGCCACAUGCACGGAAGAAGGGAGCGGAGAAGCUGAAGAGGCAGCAGCAUCUUCUGGAGGACGAUGAGGAACUGAGGACAUUCUUGAGGCAGAGAGGACUUGGUGGAGACUCUAUUGGGUCCAGGAUGGCUAAUUCUCUCCCACCCAAUGUAGAGGCCUUGAUAACUGAUAAACUAAGACCACAUAGUGCCUGUGUUCUAAGGGACAGCGAUUCUCUUUCUUCCUAUGAACUUUCGAGCAAGGAGACUACCCCAGAACCUCAGGCUCGUUUGUCUUUACCAAUUAUGCCUUCAACUGCUGAAAAUCAGAGUCCUUUAUCUCUCAACAACAUGGAAAUUCAGCAGUCAGACUCUGGGUUUUCUAUGCAAAGUGAUGUGACUGACAGUAAUUCCAUGGAGACCACAACUCCUGUCAGCAACAUGAACACACCUCCUGUCAAGCAAAUGGAUGUAGAAGAAACGGAAAAGGAAAAAGAUGAGGCCACCACCAUGGACACUAGACAGAAAGAGCCAAACAUGUCUAGGCCACGAACUCAGUCAGAAUCAUCUGCUGAUUCUGUUGAUAGUUUUUAUGAACGUCGUUUGUCUAUAGCUUUUGACUCCGAAGUUUUUCGGGAUUCUGCAGUGUUUUGUGACAUCAACAUUGAUCCCAAACAGAAGGUUGUGAAGGAGACCCCAAAGAAACCAAGACGAUCGAUCAAAGACUUUGUUCAGAUCUUGGAGGAAAGGAAUAAACCAAAGGCUCCACUUACUGUAGAGGUUAAGCGUAGGGGACCAGGCUCUGGGAUUCGUCAGCGGCUCCAGACUCUACAACAGGCUUCACAAUAUUCCAGACACAGCAGUAGAAACACUAGUGAAGAACGGGAGUUGGUGCAACCCAAAUCUGUGAAAGAUAUUCAGCAGUCCCUGGCUGCAGAGCCAAGGUUUGGCCAGUCCAAGAGCUGGCAUCCUAGUUCCAGCAGCAACAUUGGCUCCAUGAACAGCAGCUCGAACACAUCUAUCAGCUCCAGCUGCUCAUCUGGCAUCUCAGGGCCACACUUUGCUGUGGUUGGUGGCGGCAGCAGUCACUCCCAUGGUGGUAAUCAAUUCAUGCACCAUCAUGUGCGGGCGGAAUCAGAACACGGCAGGGAGAGCUCACCAGAGCUGUGUGGUCUCAGGUCAGCACGCUCACUGGGCAGGCUGGACCAGUUGAGCACAGACAUCGAGAACCUUGUCAUCAUGAAAGGAUGGGUGAGGUCACUCAUCAACAAGUUCCAGAGUGACAAGGAGUGAAUAAUAUAUGUUGUACAGAUUGAUGUGUCAGUGUCAGUACAUUCAGUCUGGAAAUGUGAAGCAAAACAACUUAAUAUUCAAGUUUGAAAUUAAGAUGUUAUGACAAUUUUUCCAAAUAAUUUAUGACAAUGUUAUAUGAUAUAUUUUAGACGUUGGAAACAGUGUUCAAAAUAUUCCAUUUGGUUUCCAUUGAAUAGGUAAUGCAUAUAAUUACUGAGGCGAAGAUGUGCUAAUUUGGGCUUGAUAUGCAUUUCUAGUUAGGGACUGCCAACAGUGUGUAUUGUCAGGGUGAACAUCUUGGUGAAGGUGAGAGGGGCAUAUACUCACUCAUUCCUGUAUCACUUAGACACUACUACAGGGAAAUGUAUGUUCAGGAACAUAUUCCCACUGUGAAAUAUUACCUAUGUUCAUGCCUAAGUCAUGUAGCAAUGGGUUCAAGAUUAAAUCAACAGCUCACCAAUUUAAUACAUAUUAUGUACAUGUAUUUAGAAUGUUAGACCAGUGGUUGGGGCUGAUGUGUUCUGAAUGUCAAAGUAACCUUUUCAGAACGAAUGGGCAAAGUAUUUUUCAUGGAGAGGCAAUAAGCUCACUUAACCAUGGUUUCAUAUAGUGUGUGUUGGACUAAGUCACAUUUGAUAACAUAUUAUGUUCUAGCAGUUCAUGGCUUUAGCUUACACACACACAUCUGUUUACAUUAUUAUGAUUUGUCAAUCAACACCAUCAAACCAUAAGGUAUAUCCCAUUUAAAUUUGUUCAGCUUGUUCUGUUUAAUUGUUAUCUGGAUUUGUGCUCGCUGCUUGCCUUCUGUUCCCCACUGGUUCUCCAGCUGUUUCCACAUCUGUGACUGGCUGUCUGUGGUGGUUUCCACAUCUGUGACUGACUGUCUGUGGUGGUUUCCACAUCUGUGACUGACUGUCUGUGGUGGUUUCCACAAAUGUGAUUGGCUGUCUGUGGUGGUUUCCACAUCUGUGACUGUCUGUGGUGGUUUCCACAUCUGUGACUGACUGUCUGUGGUGGUUUCCACAAAUGUGAUUGGCUGUCUGUGGUGGUUUCCACAUCUGUGACUGUCUGUGGUGGUUUCCACAUCUGUGACUGUCUGUGGUGGUUUUCACAUCUGUGACUGCCCACACACUCUGCUCCAUCACAACACCAUACAUACAUAUUCGGUGAACAGAUACACAGAGACUAUUACCUGAAUGUGUUUGUUUCAUAAAUAUAUAUCUUUUAGGAUCCAUCAAUGAUUGUAAUAUGGAAACACACUUCUCAGUAUAAAUAAUUGAUUUUUAAGAUAUGAUGUCACUCAAUGAACUUGAGACUGAAUGAGUUUGGUUUUACGUCGCUUUUAGCAAUAUUCCAGCAACAUCACGGCGGGUUACACCAGAAAUGGGCUUCACACAUUGUGCCCAUGUGGGGAUUCGAACCCGGGUCUUCGGCGUGACGAGCCAACGCUUUAACCACUAGGCUACCCCACCGCCCCAUGAACUUAAGAAACCAUGUAUGAAUAUGUGUUUGAGUGCAACACUCCUUUCAUCAUCCAGUACCACAUGAAUCACAGCCAUGUUUCUCAAAAGAAUUACCCCAACAUUGGGGAACCCCUACCUGAACAUUUUGUUUACACAAGUCAGUAGUUUAUUCCGUAGGCAGACAUUGAGUAGCUCCUUCUUGCUUAUUUGCAUAUUUAUGGGCUAGUGUAUGUACCUGGUAUAUCGCAUCUGUAACACUAUCCUUUAUGUGAUCAAUUCCUGACUGCUUAUUUCCCCCUUACUAAUUUCAGUUACUUGGAGAUGUGAAGGAAUGUUUUCAUUGUACUCACCAACACAUGCAGAUGUACAUUAUGUAAUCUGUUCAUUAAAAAAAUAGUCACAGAGUUGCUUAUGUUUAUAGUAUGCUUGUAUAUAGCUAUCAUCUGCAAAUAUGGUGCUUAUUGUUAUUUAUAUAUCAAUUUAAUGGUAGUGGUUUUCCAUCAGGAACUGAAUCUCCAUGUUUGAUGGACAGUGAUAAGUAUGUGAUGGUUGUGCUUAUGUGUAGUUGCAUUUUACACAUCGGGGUAGGGGACAUCUCCGACUCAGCUUGCAGGAAUCCCAGCCUGAGGAAAAUAAUCCAAAAUACAUUUGUCCAUUUCUGAAACCGCCUUUGAUCAUAGUUUUAUGCAAUGUUUGGAAAUUGUGGACGGCAUGUAAAAUUGUAAUAUGAAGAAGAAAAGGGUUAAGUUUGUAUCCUGCAACCACGCCAUAUAUAUAGAUAGCAGUCACCUGUCCAGGUUGUGUUUGUCAACAUGUUGUCCAUGGGUGUGGUGGUGUUCAGUGUAUUUGAAGAGAAUCAUGAUUCUGUUAUAUUAAGUUUGAUUUGCCAUUUGUUUGCUACAGCAACUACCACAUUACCACGUUGCCCACCAGUCUGCCAGUGCUUGCUACAUCAUACAGGCUGGAAGUGAAUCUCUAUGCAAUCUACGUGUCAGUGUAUUUGUAUUAUGAAUUUAUAAGGACACACAAAUAAAAUGUGAAAAUACGUC